GUGUAUUAAGCUGACCAAAAUAAAAAGACCCUUCCUCUGUCCUAAAGUCUAAAAUUACUCCAAAUAAAUACAACAAACUGCUCCCAUUUUAUUAUCUUUUUUAUUUAAAUUUUUUAUUAAGUAUCUAUUUUUGUUGUUUUGCUUCCAUUCUCUUCCCUUACAUAAGAAGAUUCAAAAUUUGCAACCUUACCUUAAACAACAACAACUACAACAUUCAUUCAUUUCAUUCCAAAUCUUCUUUCUUUUCUUCCCCUUUACAGUUGUUUGCAUUCUCAACUGCUUGCUUCAACCUCUCUUCUCAUGGCGGGUCGCUAUGACAGUAACCCCUUCGAUGAAGAACAAGUCAACCCCUUUUCUAAUCCUGGAAGUGUUGCUCCUGCCACAAAUUCAAGACUUGCACCUCUUAAUGCUGAACGUGCUGAUUAUGGUUUUGGGGCCACAGUUGAUGUACCUCUUGAUGCUGCAUCAACGGAUGUGAAAAAGAAGGAAAGGGAACUCCAAGCGAAGGAGGCUGAAUUGAGAAAACGGGAACAGGAAGUCAGACGGAAAGAAGAAGCCAUUGCACGAGCUGGAAUUGUUAUCGAGGAGAAGAAUUGGCCACCAUUUUUCCCAAUUAUCCAUCAUGAUAUCGCAAAUGAAAUUCCAAUUCACCUUCAAAGACUUCAAUAUGUUGCAUUUUUUUCGUUGUUAGGGUUAGUUUUAUGCCUUACAUGGAAUGUUGUAGCUGUCACUGCAGCUUGGAUUAAGGGAGAAGGUGUAAAAAUAUGGUUUCUUGCUAUUAUAUACUUCAUAGCUGGAGUUCCUGGAGCAUAUGCCCUGUGGUAUCGUCCAUUAUAUCGUGCAUUUAGGACUGAUAGUGCUAUUAAAUUUGGAUGGUUUUUUCUGUUUUACCUGCUUCACCUCGGGUUCUGUAUCUUAGCUGCAGUUGCUCCUCCUAUUGUUUUCAAAGGAAAAUCCCUGACAGGCAUUUUGUCAGCCAUAGAUGUGAUUGGUGACUAUACUUUGAUUGGGAUUUUCUACUUUAUUGGAUUUGGAUUAUUCUGUCUUGAAACAUUGAUCAGCGUUUGGGUUAUCCAGCAAGUGUAUAUGUACUUCCGUGGCGGUGGUAAGACUGCUGAGGUGAGGAGGGAAGCUGCACUAGGAGCAAUGGGAGCCGCUCUACGAUGAUGAAGCACCUUGUGUUCAGUUGUGUUGUAAAUUACUUUCGAUAGAAAUUGCGAUAAAUAUAUUACACCAAGAUUUUUUGCUGUUUUUGUUUAACAUGCUACCUGUUACAUGUGAUUUGUUAAUGUAUAUUAUCUGCAGAAAGUGUAGUAGACAUUAAUUGGUUGGUAAAAGCAUGCUACAUUUUAUUGAGUUAUA